AUGCCUGCCGCAUACUCCCAGCUGCUGCUCAUGUACACCAUGCAGGCUAUGUGCUUAGAAGCACAGGUUGCGGAAUUUCUGGAGGCUGGAGCCCCUGCUCAGGGCGUCAAGGAUGACGUCUGUGCCAGCGCAUCUUCAGGGAGGGGCGGGAGCUGCUCCACGUAUGCACGCAUGAAUGACUGUCUCAGCGACAGCAGGAGACACCGGAGACCACAGCAGGCGGACACGCCCAUCCAUCCACUGAGACUCAGGCCAGGGCCCCGCAGGCAACACGAUGGGCGUUCGGAGGCGGGAGGGCGACAGCGACCACCCGUCUGCUCUCUGCGCAGCCCCAGAUGGUUCCUAGGGGUUAUAGUGGCUGUGGAGUGGGGAGGCCCUCCCUGGCAACCCUCCCAGGAAGUGAUCGCUGGGCCCAGGUGGGCACAGAAGUGCCUAUGGGAGGCAGGGCCUGCCCAGCCAGGAUCCCGGGAGACGAGCAGGUCCAGCUGCCCCUUGCCAUUGCAGGUAGGCACGCCCCAGACACUGAGCCACUCCGACAUGGUCACCCCGGGCAGCCUCGGCCUACCCCCCGCUGACCCCACGGAUGGCGAGGGGGCUGGGCAGCCCCUCCUGGAUGGAGCUCCGUCCUCAGCCUCCUUGGACACCCUGAUCCAGCACCUGGUACCCACAGCUGACUACUACCCUGAGAAAGCCUACAUCUUCACCUUCCUGCUGAGCUCCCGCCUCUUCAUCGAGCCCCGGGAGCUCCUGGCCCGGGUCUGCCGCUUGUGCAUCGAGCAACAGCAGCUAGACAAGCCAGUGCUGGACAAGGCCCGGGUCCGGAAGUUUGGCCCCAAACUGCUCCAGUUGUUGGCCGAGUGGACAGAGACGUUCCCAAGGGACUUCCAGGAAGAGUCGACCAUCGGUCUCCUGAAGGACGUGGUGGGCCGCCUCGCCCCCUGUGACGAGGCAUACCGGAAAAGGAUGCAUCAGCUCCUGCAGGCUCUGCACCAGAAGCUGGCGGCUCUGGGCCAGGGGCCAGAAGGCCUGCCGGCUGCCGACAAGCCCAUCUCCUACAGGACCAAGCCUCCCGCCUCCAUUCACAGGGAGCUCCUCGGCGUCUGCAGUGACCCCUACACGCUGGCUCAGCAGCUGACCCACGUGGAGCUGGAACGGCUACAGCACAUUGGACCUGAGGAAUUUGUCCAGGCUUUUGUGAACAGGGAUCCUCUGGCCAGCACAAAGCCUUGUUUCAGUGACAAGACCAACAACCUGGAAGCUUAUGUGAAAUGGUUCAACAGACUGUGCUACCUCGUGGCUACAGAGAUCUGCAUGCCAGCCAAGAAGAAGCAGAGGGCCCAGGUGAUUGACUUCUUCAUCGACGUGGCCCGUGAGUGCUUCAACAUCGGCAACUUCAACUCUCUCAUGGCCAUCAUCUCUGGCAUGAACAUGAGCCCCGUCUCAAGGCUGAAGAAGACCUGGGCCAAAGUGAAGACGGCCAAGUUUUUCAUCCUCGAGCACCAGAUGGACCCGACAGGGAAUUUCUGCAACUAUAGAACAGCCCUGCGCGGGGCAGCCCACCGCUCCCUGACGGCCCACAGCAGCCGGGAGAAGAUUGUCAUCCCCUUCUUCAGCCUGCUCAUCAAAGACAUCUACUUCCUAAACGAGGGCUGUGCCAACCGCCUCCCCAACGGACACGUCAACUUUGAGAAAUUUCUGGAGCUGGCCAAGCAAGUAGGCGAGUUCAUCACAUGGAAACAAGUGGAGUGUCCCUUCGAGCAAGACCCCAGCAUCACCCACUACCUGCACACCGCUCCCAUCUUCAGCGAGGAUGGUCUUUAUUUGGCUUCUUAUGAAAGUGAGAGCCCAGAGAACCAAACAGAAAAAGAGAGGUGGAAAACUCUAAGGUCUUCUAUUCUGGGGAAGACGUGAGAAGCACUGAGCUGGAGGAGGAGGA